AUCUCAUCUUGAAAUUGUCCUCAAUUUUUCUAAAUCAAAUUGUAACAAUUAAAUUCGAUUCCAUCGUUUAAAAUGAAAUUAAUGAUAAUAGGGUUCCUGUCGGUAGUGGCGUUCGUAGCUUGUGGCGAUGUACCCCCACCAUUCAAUAAAGUUAUCGAUGGAAAAAAUUGUUAUUGCCGUGAAAAAGAGUGCACGGACGUUUCGUGUGAAGAGAAAAAUUGUGUGUGCUUAGUUAAAGCAAUUAAAGGGCUUCAAAAUCAAAAAGAUGGCAAAUAUCCAAAGAAAUGGCUAUCCGCUUAUCUUCAACUCGUUCAAGAACGUUGCUUGUGCAUUCAAGGAUGUCAAAAUAUCUGUAAUCCUAACGAAUUUAUUGAAUGUUCAAGCGCUGCCUUUGAUCGCUUCCAGUGCAGAUAUCAAAAAUGGCUUCAUGGGAUUGCUGGAGAUGAAGGAUAUGAAGAAUUUGUAUCAGAUAUUAAUAAAAUUCUUACCGAUUGCAUCAAUAAAGAUUGCAAACCAAUUUGCUCGGGCGACGGUGAUUGCAAUCCAUUCUUCAUUCCAACAAAAGACUGUCUCAAUACAAAGAAAUGUGUUACGAAAGGCAUUUUGCAACUGGCCAAAAAACUGGAAGACGAAUCAGCUGCCGAAUUAUUAAAAGAUUUCAAGAUUUAUAGCGAAGCAUACUAUAAUCAAAUCCAAAUCUGUGAGGAGAGCAAAAAACCAACGCAAAGAGCAAUUUGUCUCGACAUCGCAAGAAGUGAAAUUGAACGCUCGCUUCAGGUUCUGUUGGAACAAUUGGUUAAAUCUGUGGGAUCGUGUAGUGCUGUUAGCAUCGUCAGUGCUCUGAAGCAGCUCGUUGCUGAGUGUGCCUCAAAGAAAAAAUAAACACCUUUCUCACAUUCAUAAAUUG